AUGUCUCCGUCGAACGCGACGACGGGGGCGUCGAGGGAUGCGCGCAGGAAGACGGGGUCGGGACGAGAUGACGCCGCGCCCGCGGGUGUCACCGUGGUGUUCGCGAACGCCGCGGGGGUGGAUGCCGUCGAUGGCGUCCGAGCGUCGGCGCCGUCGGUGGUGAUGAUGGGACGCGAGCGAGGGGUGGACGUGGACGUUCACGGGAAGAGCGCGAGGGACGAGGGGGUGGAGCGCGAGACGGCGGACGGGGACGGAGAGGCGGAACCGGAGCGUAUUUACGGCGGUUCAGAGGUGCUGACGCGGAGCGCGAAUGCGCCGCCGAGCGUGUUGACCAGGGUGAGCUCGAGGGUGAUGCCGCAGAAGGAUGCGAAUCGGUUGAAUAGGAUGCUGAGCUGCGAUAUGCGGGACAUGAUGGCGAAGGAGGUGUGGGAGUGUCGACCGUCGACGCUCAUGGCCGUAACGGCGAGGUUUCCAAUCGUCGUCAUGUUCUUCUCCAUGAUUUUCUGGGUCGGCGUCGGAGCUUACGCAUUGAUCGAUAAGCCACCAAUCGUGGAAACCGACGUCGAGGGGUUUUCGAUUCGCGAUCACGACACGGCAAGACUCAUGGACGCGCUCAACAACGGCGAAGACCAGACGAUGGAUAUGUGGGAUGCGCUGAAAACAGCCGGCGGGGGUAGCAUUUCGGCCGGGUCCUACUCGUCGGUCGAGGCGAAUCUCACCGCGGGUACGGUGCCGUACUACAGUCUGGCCCGCCGUCGCCUGCUCGCGUAUGUGAGCACGCAAAGACCGGUGAAAAUGUACAGUUUUCAGUUGGUUUACACGUCAACGCGUGAUGGGAACGUCUUAACCAAAGACUUCAUCGACUUUGCGUUAGAUCUGGAGAAAUCAAUAACGUAUUUACCCGGUUACGCGUCGGAUAUUUGCUUUCAGUACCCGGAUGACGCCUACUUGGGACCCGACGGGUGCUCGCCGCCGAACUCCAUCGCGCCGCUCUUUUACCAAUCGACCCCGAGUGGAUCGUACUUCAAGGAUCCGAAAGACGUCGGUCUCUCUCUGGGUUCAAAAGGUUUGUACAUGUACGUUGACAAAGAAUUCAGAGCCGAAGAGGGUUAUGCGAAAUCAUUCAGGACGAGUUUCGCAGUCGGUCAAGUGGACAAAAAGACGUGGACGAAAUGGAUGUCGGGGACGCUACUUCCACACUUAAAGGCGCAUGCGGUAGAUGAAUCAAAGGGAAUCCAAGUUAUCUACGGCGGAAAAGAAGUCAUAGAGUAUGCGGCAGAUCAGGCCAUGAUACACGACGCGAAGCUCAUUGCCGUCGGGCUUGCGUUAGUGGUGGUUUACACAUACGUACACACGGGAUCAGUGUUCAUCACCUUUUGUGGAAUUCUUGAGAUCCUCGUCUCAUUCCCAGCCGCGUACGCGUUUUAUGCGUACGUUCUCAAGCUAAAAACCAUAAGUGUCCUGCAGUUCUUGGCUAUCUUCAUCAUCCUGGGUAUAGGCGUUGACGACGUCUUCGUAUUUUAUGAUUCGUUUGAGGAUGCCAGCAAGGCUGUCGGCAUACGUGGCGAUACUCUCGAAGCCCGUUUGAACUACGCGUACGAUCACGCCGGAAGAGCGAUGCUCGUCACUUCCAUGACAUCUGGAGCGGCAUUCGCGGCGAAUAUUGCAUCCGCUAUUCCAGCUGUUCAAGUUUUCGGCGUAUUCAUCGCCGUUAUGGUGCUCGUGAACUACUUUCUCGUGAUUACAUGGUUUCCCGCUUGUUUGGCCGCUCACGAUAGGUAUUGGCGAUCUCGAAAAGACUACAAGUACUGCGGCCUCGGCGGCCUCACCACGGACGAUGUGAGCGCUGCCGAGAUGCAAGAUCGAGUCAAGAAGCGGGGAGAGUCAUGUUUCAAGUGGUCAAAGCGCGUCGUCCAAUCCAUCCACGGUGCGCGCCGCAAGGCGGGAAAUGCCAUUGAUCAGGCUCGGGAGCGCUUCGUACUUGCUUCACCCUCCUUCAGUAGGGAUCCAGCGAAGAAGAAAGGACUUUUCUCGUGGAAAAAUUACGGUGCAUUUUUACUGAUGGCUAAGUGGGCGCUCAUCGUCUUUAGUUUAGUGGCAGUGGCUGCCACUGGUUGGUACGCCACGAGGAUCCAAUCGAGUGGUGAGCCCCCAGCGCUUUUCGCUCCGGAUUCGAACACUCAGCUGUUUCUCGAAUGGACUGAAGCCCAGUUUGAUGGCGAAAAGUUUGAUUGCGUAACUCUCGCAAGCUGCGAACAAAAUGCUGGGUACGUCCUCAUUCAAAACGGCGUCACGUUGUCGCCUCCACCGCCGUCGCCAGCGCCGCCACCACCGCCGAGAAAUCAGACCGACAUCACGUUCUCGCAAGUCGAUACAUUGGCGGACAAAGCCAUCGAAGCGUAUGACGUGAACGCCGAUGGCUUUCUGAACACGCAAGAGUACACGCAAUUCCGUGACUCGAUCACCACUGCGUUUCGUCUACCCGUGGCGGACGAAGUCAUGCCUGCUUAUGGAACUCCAGCCGGGAUCAGUAAAUCAGGUCUCGUGACGAUGAUGGAAAUCGAGGCUGGGAAACCGGGCGUGUCCAACAGUGCGGUGCUGGAUGCGUACUGGUUGAUUGUCCUUGGUCAGGCGCGCCAGAGUCCGCCGCCGAGUCCUCCCCCUCCACUUCCUCCGAGUCCUCCACCUCCGCCGAGUCCUCCACCACCUCCACCACCUCCAAGUCCUCCACCACCUCCAAAUCCUCCAACGCCACCGAGUCCUCCACCUCCGCCGAGUCCUCCACCUCCGCCGAGUUCUCCACCACCGCCGAGUCCUUCGCCGCCGCCGAGUCCUCCACCUGCGCCGAGUCCUCCACCUCCGCCGAAUCCUCCACCUGCGCCAAGUCCUCCACCUCCGCCGAGUCCUCCACCGAGCCCUCCUCCGAGUCCUCCACCGCCACCGAGUCCUCCACCGCCACCGAGUCCUCCUCCGAGUCCUUCACCGCCACCGAGUUCUAACCCGCCUCUGAGUUCUCCCCCGCCUCUGAGUUCUCCCCCGCCUCUGAGUUCUCCCCCUCCGCCGAGUUCUCCCCCUCCGCCGAGUCCUCCCCUGCCGCCGAGUCCUCCCCUGCCGCCGAAUCCUCCACCUCCGCCGAGUCCUUCGCCGCCGCCGAGUCCUCCUCUGCCGCCGAGUCCUCCACCGCCGCCGAGCCCUUCACCGCCGCCGAGUCCACCACCACUACCGAGUCCUCCACCUCCGUCUCCCCCCCCGCCUCCAACGCCGUCCCCACCUCCGCCGAGUCCUCCUCUGCCUCCUCCUCCGCCACUGGAGGCCGCGGUGCGAGUCGCCGGUACAAACUUUGAAAAGGCGUUUAUACUUUGGGGAAUCGAAGACAUCGUGGACACGUCGGCGACGUACGCGCCGAGAUCGCCGGAGUCUCCUCCAAAGUUUAAUAAUGCGUUUGACGUCGGAGACGCGUCGACACAAAUCCGAAUGCUUCAGAUGUGUACGACAUUGAGGAACAGGACUGACAUCGUAUCGAGAAUCUUGGACUUGUGUCCAAUGGAAGCCAUCAAGCAAAUGGCUUCCGCGCUCGGGUAUUCAUUCCCGAUGAAUUCAACUGAGAUGGUGAUCACAAUUGCAAAGUUGGUGAAGGAACAACCGACGCGCGCAAAGUUUUUUGGAUUAGAAUACGUGACGGACGCCACAACUGGAGCCACAACGCACCGAGUAUCCUGGAUGCGCUUGAACAUUUUGACGACCAUUCCGUUUCGAGCGACUUCGCUGAACAUCGAAACGGAGUACUUCACGUGGUUGGAUUUCAUGAAAGAGUUUGAGGCCGAAACGUUCACGUACGACUCAAUCACGGCGCCGCCCACCAUUUCGGCGCAAGCGAGAAUAACCGCGCCGUGCUUUGUGCGCAUGGCGACUGAGCUACAAGCUAUUCGAGGUACGGUGGGGUCCAUCGGUGUGUCUCUCGCAUUUGCCGUUUUCGCGACGUUCAUCUUUACAGGCGACAUUUUUGUCGCCGCCAUGGCGUUGUUCAGCAUGGUGGCCAUCAUUUCGGCAGUCAUCGCCAUUUUGGUCUAUCUCGGAGUUAAGUUUGGCAUCGUCGAGGCGAUCUCGCUCACAAUUCUCGUCGGUAUAUCCGUGGACUUUUCUCUUCAUCUCGCGGAGGCGUUCACUCGUUCGCACUUCACCACGCGCGGCUUGCGUGGGGUCGACGCCGUCUCUCGCGUGGGCUAUCCGAUUUUCAGCGCCGCGCUGACGACGAUGUCCGCAGUGCUACCCAUGCUCUCGUGCGAGAUUCAGAUUCUCGUGCGCUUCGGUCAAAUUAUUCCGCUGUGCAUCAUCAUGUCUCUCGCGUACGGCUUACACUUCUUUGCUCCGAUGCUCAUGGCGCUCGGGCCGAACACGUUCGGCAGCGGCGCCGGAAAGUGGUGUUGCUACAUGGGAAAACUUCCCAACCUCCUCUUCGCCACUCAGACGCGAAGGAUGACUUUCCUCGUCAUGUGCGGUUUCAUGUUCGGCCUCACGCUUCCCUCCACGCAGGCACUGCUAUUCGAAAACGGCGGCGAGGCGUACGUCGUCGCCAUGGUUGCCUUUGCCUUUCUCGCCGCCGCGUCCAUAUUCAUCGAGGAAUUCUGUCGAGGCGGCUGCCGGUGGCGUCGACGCCCACCUCCUCCCGACGCCGACACCGCGUCGGCGUCACGCGCGUCCCACGCGUGA